AUGAAUUUCCUAAAGUCAUCCCAGUCCCUGGCCAGGCGAAUAACUUUUUCCUCUUGCCAGUUCAGGCAUUAUUUCUCCACCUCCCCUGUCAUUGCACAAGGUGAUUUUUCAACUCCCAUUAUUUGGAGACCGUUCCCCAUAAACCUGAUUAAUGUAGAUCACCACGUACCCACUGCGGUAUCUAUUGUAUAAGCCACACACCUUUCAGCUUAGAUUGACUUAAAUGUUAUCUGUUGUUGUAAUUUCCUUAUUUUGGAGUCAUUGAUUAUUAACAAACAUAUUCGGGGAAUCCUCUGUUUUCUGACAUUUCUGUUGCAUGUUGUUUUUGUUUUUGAAUUUUUCAUUGAGUUUAAGUCUAAACUAAAUUGUUUAAAUAAUGUUUCUCCCUUUCAAAACUAGAAAAAGUAUAUAAAAUAGUUUGGAAAUUUACAGGGUAUCAAGUGUGUCUUACAACUACUGUAUCUUACAAAAUCUUAUUAAUAUUAUCACCAUUGAACUAUAAAAUGUACUGGUAUUUGGCCACCUCCUUUCAGGGUUUUCACGAAGCAUUCUAGUGGCAGGAGAAAGGUGUAACUUUACAGGAGAGUAUUAUGAAAGAGGCUCCAUGUCUAAAUAGAAAAUAGUCAUAGGCUUUCGCAUGUUUGCCAGAGAAUUCUGUGUAGUAAACAGAGAAUGUCUUUUAUUAUGCAAAAAUGAAAAUCAGAACCUCUUUCCUGUGUAUUUCAAGGUUCUUCUGGGCUUAAGAAGGUUGUAAUUUUCUGGGGUAUAUGUUACAGGUCAAAAUUAUAUUCAGAUUAAAAUUUUUUGACCUGAGUUGAUUCUCAAUUUUCUUUGUCUCUAGCCCUAUAUUCAUGAAUAAUUAGGGCUAGGAAACAAUGAAAACUGAGAAUCAACCUAGGUUAAAAAAUUGUAACCUAAAUUAAUUUUGACCUCUAACAUAUGUAUGCAUUUAAACUUUUAUUUUUUUUUUCUAAAUAAUUUUUUGUUAAUUUUCUUAGCAAAUAUGUCUGGUGUCAGCAAGAUCCAAGCUCGUGAAAUAUUUGACAGUCGUGGAAAUCCUACAGUGGAAGUUGAUAUCACAACUUCUAAGGGUGAGUAAGACGUUGCUCAAACCCCUGGAAGGGGGGCGGGUAAUCUCUUGUGUGGCUGUAAUGAGUGUGUUGCUGAACAGGUUAUUGGUUUGGGAGAAUCCUAAGUCUUAAAUGAGGUAUGCAAUUCAAAGGUGGACAGACGGCAAAUUAUUGUUGCUUGAAAUAUCUUUAAGAGGUUGUCUUUCUGACCAGAUGUUUUGAGCUGGUUGUGAAGGUUUUUCAGCAGUGCAUGGUCUACAUGCAUGGUAACAGUCCAAUAAGGCACCUGCCCUCUAUCCAGGGAGGUAGCUGGUUAGUAACAAAAUUGUCUUUAUUGUCUGAACCAAAGGUGAUUUUUUCUCUACAGUUGCCAGUCAGGGGCGGAUCUAGGGGGAGGUGCAGGGGGUGCGCACCCCCCCAUGAGAUGACCUGCGGUUUUCUAAUACAACUGGUUUUCUGCAAAAAAAAAAACUAUGUGGUUUAUUGGUGUUGAAGUAGCGCAAGAGAUGAGUGCACCCCCUCCUAAAAAAAAUCCUGGAUCCGCCCCUGCCAUUGAGUAGGGUUUUGACUGUAUGUCAUUGAUUUUCAGGCCUAUAUCGUGCCGUAGUUCCUUCUGGUGCAUCCACUGGGAUUUAUGAAGCUUUGGAGCUCCGCGACAAGGAUCCAAAACGGUUUCUUGGCAAAGGUGAUAUUCCAUACAGUUUUUAAUUAUUAAACUCAUCAACAAAGAUUAGCAUGCGUGGGGGACUGGGGGCUGCUUGAGAGGCUGUUUCGGCCAAGAAAUACAGCCUAGUGCAGCAUAACCAUGACAUCCGUGUAAGGUGGUUCUGACUUUUGAGUCUGCGGUGGAAAUCCCAUAGUGUGACCAUUCAAAUAAAAGCUAGUGAGCAGUAAUUUCCUUUGAUGCUGUUUAUUAUGUUGUACAAAGUGUUUCUAACUUUUAAGUCGUGGAUGAAAUCCUAUUGAAUGACCAUUCAAAUGAAAGCCACUGAGUAGUACUUUCUGGUGGUACUGUUUAUUUUGCGGUAGAAGGUAAUUCUAACUUUUUGUCCUCUAGAUGUGUGAGCACUGUAGGUAAGUACUCUAAUCAUUUAAAACAAAAAUUACUAAGAAGAAUUCACUUCUGGUGUCAGCUGUUUACAAUGCUGGGAAGCAAAAGCUGUUCUGUGGAUCAAACACUAAUAUUCAAAACCAUUUCUUACUUGUUGUUUGCAAAUUAUAAUAAAACAUUUAUUUCAAUUAAUAAUGAAAUUUAUUAUUGUUGCAUUGAAGGUGUCUUGAAAGCAGUUGAGAAUGUCAAUAAAGUUAUUGGACCUGCCUUGAUUGAGAAGGUGCAAGUAAACCAUGUUCAUAUUGUACUGUUAUAAUCAAAUAAUUAUUAAUGUGUGGGGAAUAGAACUACUUGAACUCAUGUUGUCAGGCAUGCAUGUAAUGUAAUCCUAUCUGGAGAAUUUUUUCUUGAGGCCUUCUGCAGAGAGUGGUAUACAAUGUAAUAAAUUGAAUUGAAUUUGAACCAAAAGUUUAAUUAAACUUAGUAUUUGCCUGUAAUUUUGAUUGAAAAACGUGACAAUUUCCCCAUAAAGUUUAAGGCUUGAGAUGACAAACAUUAUUGAUACAUUUGUGUCAUUUCAGAAUAUUGAUGUAACUAAACAAGCUGAGGUUGACAAAAUCAUGUUGGAACUUGAUGGGACUGAGAAUAAAUGUUAGUUAACGCCUUGAAUCUUCUCUACAAAGUACACUAUCUACCAUUAAUUUUGGAGUACUAGUAUGUUACGGCACUUUUCAAAAACAUGCGCAUUCUUAAGUUCAAAAGCCAACUGACAUUUGCAUUUUGCAAUGCCAUCAAUCAUCCUAGCAGACCUCUUAGGACGAAACAGAAGUUUAAAAAGUCAUGGCUUUUGAUUUGUGAUUGAUGGGUUUAGAUCCGUUUUGUGUGUUUCUGUGUUUCAAGGUUCCUUGCUUGUGAUCGUAAUUAUGAUGGAUGACAGCGAAAAAUGCAAUAUUACUGUGAAGGUGGCUUUUGAACUUCAGAGUUUGCAUUUUUGAAAAGCGCAGUAGGAUCUACUAAGUAAGUAGUCUCCCUAGCAGCUGUUUUUAGUGUCUUCACGCAAUGCUCCUCCGUGACGACACUAAACGUGGCUGUGAGGGAGACUAAUAAGUUAGCUGUAAGAUAUGAAUGAGCAGUCUCUCGUCAUUGCCUAAUAGCACAAAUUGUAGCUAUAAUGGCUACCGUGGAACAAACCUCUGUUAGUACUGUUAGAUUUUUUACAAUGUUAGAUCUUGGAUGAUUAAUGUAAAAAUAAUAAUUGAGUUCAUGUUGGUGCCAACUACUUGAAUGUGAAGUUUGGUUUAAAUCCCCAUGGUACACUGUACAUUUUGUGAUUUGUUCGACUGUAUGAUGAGUGAAAAAUAAAAACAUCUGAAAUGCCAUCUACAGCUCUAUUUAUCACAAGCCUGUCAUAAGUAGCCAUCAGUUGGCUCUUUUAUCGGGCUGCUGCAGUAAAAUCAGCCGGCUGUGAAAAGGAGUCAAACAUAACAAUUACAGGAAGAUUUGUGUUAUAAAUGACUGGCAACUUUCCCUGAGAGACCAGCUACUUGAAACCUUAAUGAUAGCCCUGUAUUAUUAAUAAUAAUAAUAAUAAUAAUAAUAAUAUUUUUUUUAAAAAUAAAUAAUACAAAAAUAACUUUAUUCAUAGAUUAAAAAAAAAUAGACUUUUUACAGAUUCAAGAAUAUGAAUAUUAAAAUAUAUACCCUAUGUACAUUCUUCUUUUGUACGAAAGAGAAUUGUCGUAAAAUGACUAUCCAAAAAACUACUAAUAACAAUUAUAAAAAGCAUCAAAAAGUUAAUACAAAAAUAAAACUAUCUAAAAAUAAUUCAAACUGAUAUAAAUAAUGAUGAUGAUGACAAUAAUAAAUUAUUCAUAAUAAAAGACAUCGUAAUAAAAGACAUUGACUAUAACUGAUUUGAUAGGAAAUGUACGUUUACGCUUAGUCAUUAUUUUGUUCUCUGUGUUCUAGCUAAACUUGGUGCCAAUGCAAUCCUUGGUGUCUCCCUUGCUGUUUGCAAAGCAGGAGCUGCUCAUAAGGUGAAAAUAACUUAACUGAUCAUUUCUGCAUAUGCCAACAACUCUGAAAACCAGGGGCUCCAUUAGGGUACUACUGAUGGCCGGGUGAUGUUGACCUUUUAUUGGGAAUUGCGAACAAAUAAUUAGCAUAGUGUCUUGUAAAAUUUGAGGGAAAGUGAAGAAAGUCAAUCAGAAUAAAAUUAUAAUGUGUGGCAUUUGAAUAAUGCAUUUUCACCCUUUUAAAUUUUUGUAUUAUUAUUAUUGUAAUUAUUAUAAAUUGUUGAUAAUUAGGUUUUAUUAAUUAGUUUCAAAGACAAAGGAAAUUGAUGAUGUAAUUUAUAAUCCUAUUUUUUAAGGCAAAACCCACCAAGCAUGAACAGUUCCUAUCUCCAUUUUCCAAAUACCUCUGUAAAGUGGAGACUUGUCUCUGUGUGCACAUCGGUGUCUGUACUAAGGAGGUUUACUAAUUAUUUUUUCAGGGAGUUCCGCUUUACAGACACAUUGCAGACCUGGCUGGGAACAAGGAAGUCAUCCUUCCUGUUCCGGCAUUUAAUGUCAUCAAUGGUGGAAGUCACGCAGGAAAUAAACUUGCCAUGCAGGAAUUUAUGCUGCUCCCAACUGGUAAGUGUUGCCAAAUUUUUUUAACUGGUUCAAAGUAGUGUUUAUUAUAAUCCACUGUAUUGAUGGAAGCAUACAACAACAACUUAAGACAAAGCUGUGAAUGGGUUGUUCCAGAAAAAAUCCACACACCCCCGACGGAUGGGAUUCUGGAAAUUCUCGCGGGAGGGGGGGUCGAAGACUCCGGAAAUCCAGGCGGGAGGAGGGGUUGACCUUAAAAAAGUCUUCUGCAGGGGUCAUUUCGACCGAUAGUUGAUACAAAUCAAACGUUUAGUUCGAUGACACUUAAGCGCUUUCAGACCCUGAAAAUAGUCAAAAUGUUUUCUUCAUAUAUUUCUCACCUGACAUAAAUGAUAAUCUAAGUUGCUUUACAGGUCCUUUUAUAGCAGAAAACGCAAACAAGAUACUAAAGAACGGGCCUGAAGGAACUCGUCGCAACGUUGUUGUCACGAAGAGCGCCAAACGCCUGACACAUUUCUACUGCAUCCAGAGCCCCAGCCAAGAGCUUAAGAGUGAUUUUUAUAAGCUAAGAAAUUAUGUAAACACUGUUCAGGUGUCGUUCGCAUUUUUGUUUUUUGCUCCUUUCGUUUUUUAGUUACACGCGAUAGAAUUCUUAGUUUAAUAUAAGCUGAAGCUUUAGAAAUUAAAACAAAAACAUUUAGACGUGUUUUGCGUGUAUUUUCAUUAAAAAUAAAUUAAAUUUAAGCCUUUUAUUUUUUCCCGGAACCAGGCGGGGGGGGGGUCUUCCACCUUGGAAAUCCAGUUGGGAGGGGGGGUCUUGUGCUUCAGGAAAUCCAGGUGAGAGGGGGGGUUAAAAAAGGACCCCAUCCGUCAGGGGGGUGUGGAUUUUUUCUGGAAUAACCCAAUGAGUUGACCAAGUAUGUUUUUCAUCUUUAUUAAAAAGGUGCAAGUAGUUUCAGCGAGGCAAUGAGGAUGGGUGCAGAAAUCUAUCAGAACCUCAAGAGCGUAGUGAAGAAGAAAUAUGGAAUUGAUGGUAUUUUUUAUAAACUUAUCUUGCUGUUAUUCAGUUUCAUCACUUUUCCUAAGAAAAGGGACUCCAGUACAUGUGUAUGAGGAACAUUAUGAUCAAAUGUGCUGGUUGCCAGCAUAAAAAGGAAUUUCUAAGUUUUAAAAGCAAGUUCACUUAUCCAUUAAUUUUUGUUAUAACUACUCCUGUACAAAGAGGAACAACCUGAAAUAAUGUCAAUUUAUGAUUUAUAGGUGUUUGUGUUGACUGUGAUGUAACAGUUAAAGUCUUUGAUCUCUGUUUUUUUUUUCACUUUUUUCAGCUACCAAUGUUGGUGAUGAGGGAGGUUUUGCCCCCAACAUCCAGGACAACAGGGAAGGUUAGGCUAUAACAUACUUCAUAGUCUUAGAUAUCCCAAAUUAGAAACAAUCUUGUUAUCUGACAUUUUUAUGUCCUCUUCAAACAUGGAUUUCAAACACGGAUCAUUAUUAUUUGGAAACUAAUCAUGCAUAUUUACCCUGCUGAAUUUCUAUAAAUUUACCUUUACAACUUUAUGAGCUUGAGUUUUCCUUGAAUUUACAAAACAAUGCUGAAAACUGCACUUACAACUGGAAAGUGAAUUAAAACGAAAAGGUUAGGUCACAGUACAGUACAGUGGAACCUUGAUAUGAGAAAGUGCCAAGAGACUGCAAAAUUUGUUUGCUGUAACAAGGUUUCAUUAUAUCGAGGUUGUUUUUCAUGUUUUAUAUGUUCCCUUGCUGGGGUGAAGAAAUUUUUCGUUAUACCAAGGACUUGAAACUUGAAAGAACUUCGUUAUAUGGAGGUUCCACUUUAGUACCACAUGGGAAAAAAUAUUAUUAAUACUUUUGUAUGGCAUGUAAAUUAACUUUGCAGGACUGGAGUUAUUGAAGAUUGCUAUUGCAAAUGCAGGCUAUACCGAUAAGAUUAAAAUUGGCAUGGAUGUUGCUGCCUCUGGUAUGACUUUAGCUUGUUUUGAUGAUUUGCUUCCUAUUAAUAAUUAUUUUAAUAUGGCUAAAAUGCAAAUUCUCAAGAAUCAUGUUAGAUAUAUAUACUAAUGUCAAUCUUUGAAUAAGUUUCUUUUUUAUUUUGUUGAUGUUGCUCAGUACUUUUAGCUUUUCUUGCUACCCUACAAUUUGUGUGAAAAUGAAGUUCAUGUAUGUAUGUAUAUGUUUUCUAUAUGUUUUUGGUAAAUAUAAUUGGGGAAAUGUUGUUUCAAUUUUGUUUAAUAGAAUUCUACAAAGAAGGAAAGUAUGAUCUGGACUUCAAGAAUCCAAACUCAGAUCCUUCAAAAUGGGUAAGAACUUCCUCAAAAUUUAUUUUGCUUGAAACAGGGUCAGAAUUAGCCAAAUCUGGCUUGUGCUGCAUGUUAAAUACAUCAUUGACUCCAAAGAAUUUCUUUAGAAGUAACUUUGACUUCACCUUGGAAUCCAGACAUUAAUCCUGGAAAUCUGUGUACAAUCAUAUCAAAACAUAAGUUGGCUGUUUACUGUAGCUAAGAUUCAUUUAAAAUCUUCUGACCUGUAUUUUCUAAGCGUUAAAACAUGUAACUAAGGAAAGGCAUGCUGAUACUUUCCGUAUUUCCAGAUUUCUGGUGUUCAGUUGGCUGCAAUGUAUGAAGGAUUCAUCGCUGAUUAUCCAGGUAAGGCUUGUGUUCUUUUAACUUAAAGAAAGAUAUUAUUUUCAUUCACUCUUAGCAUGGAGAAGGUCGCUGAUGGCAAAAGCACUUUAGGAACAGCAGUGUUCUUCUUGUGUCUCUGCAGAAUUUGCAAGUAACUUCUGGUCUGAACUUCUGAUACCCAAACAUGUUCACAUAAGUAGAAAGACAAAAAACAAUAAUAAUAUGGAUACUGGUAUAUGUGUUUGGUUUUACCAGGAAGUAUUCACCGGUACCGAAAUUAAUUUACACUCAGCAAAUCAAUAUACAGUGAAUUGCUAUCUUCAUUCAAAAAAAAAAUACAGCAAAAUAACCCAAGCAUUUGCAAGGAGUGUAACUGAAAUGGAGUCAACCCUGUCCAAAAGACACCAUUUAAGAUAGACAGUGGAUGGUGGAGGCUGGUCCCUGAGGGUGUCUGUUUUGGAGAGAGAUGACUGUAGCAGGUAAAAUAAAUUUCCUUUCUUUGAUUUCUUUUCAGUGGUGUCCAUUGAAGAUGCUUUUGACCAAGAUGACUGGGAAAAUUGGACAGCCCUGACACAGAAGGUGUCCAUCCAGAUUGUUGGGUAAGGGCUUUCUGCCUUGCAACACCCUCUCCUCCUCCCCCUCCACCACCCUCUCCCCUACCCUACCCCCUUGAGUAUGCAAAAAGGAUGAUUUGUUAAAACCCUGUAAGGAACCAUCCCUUUUGAAUGGCUUUCUCUGUAAACCAAAUUGCAUACACAAGGGUUGGGAGGGAGGGGAGAGAAAGAGAUACAUGGGGGGGGGGGGACGGGGUGCUAAAUUUUUCAGAGCAUGAGAUUGUCAAGGUCAAAUUAACAUUGCUAUAAAGUCCUGAGUCAGGCAUUAAUUAGGAUUUUUUUAGUUUGUUUUAGGCACCCUUUAUUUACAGGGUAGAGAUAACUGUUACAAUGCAUCUUUUGUGUAGGGAAUAUUUAGUUAAAAAUAGGUCGUAAUUAACAGUAUCCGUUGGUAUGCUAAAUUGGCCCUUCUUCAACCAAAAUACUUGUCAUGGACAUGAAACUUAGUUUUGUCUUUCUUUCCUUCUUCUUUUCAGAGAUGACCUCACUGUUACAAACCCAAAACAGUGAGUUUAAGUCAAGUAACUAUAAAAUGAAAAUCCAUUCGUAUGGUACAAUAAUGAUACAAGGGAAGUUGACGUAUUUUGAGGCAGGUUUCGUGAUGUUCUUUACAACAAUAAAUUGUGCCAUGUUUGAGUUUUUAUCUGUUGCAAUAAUAUAUCCAAGAAUAUUUUCCUUUUUCUUCGUAGCAUCAAAAUGGCCGUUGAGAAAAAAGCCUGCAACUGUCUUUUGCUGAAAGUGAAUCAGAUUGGCUCAGUUACAGAAUCCAUUGAAGCGUAAGUGUGAGAUAUAAGUAAUUAAUUAACAAUUAUUGAAUAAUUAUAAUAAUUAUUAUUCCUCGAGCCCAAAUGGCCUCAUGGGCUAUUGACUCAGAGACCAUGAGGGCGAGAGGAAUAAUUAUUGUUUUAGUAAAAUCCAACUAGUUGGUCAAAAAUAUCAAGAAUAAAAAAAUUUUAGCUAGUUAAAGCUAGACUUUAAUCCUCUUUUGCCGCCAAAAAGCGCAUGCUUUUCGCUACUAAUAGGCUAUAACAUGUAGCCUAGUAGUAGCUCAACCAAUCAGAACGCAGCAUUGAUAAUAGACCACUAUGUGGAUUUUACUAAAAGUGAUUAAUUCUCAAUAGACUAUCGGUAUCCUUGUUUUGUACUUAUUACAUUUAAGGUGCAAGAGUAUCGCACACUUAUGUAGCGACAUAAGCAGCAGAUACAACAGUGAUGCAAUUAUAAUAUGAACACAGUGAUGUAAUAAGAUUAAGAGGUGAAUGACAUGUUGUAAAAGAAAGUUUUUUUUUCCCUAAAAGUCAAUGUCAAUUUAAGAACUUUAAUUUACACUGUUUUUAAGUUCUGUUUUCAUUUAUGUUUACAGUUGUUGCAUGUGUCUAGCCUUAAUUUCAUGCAAUUUAAACUGAAAUGGCAGCAAGCCAUCUUGGGACUUGUGGAAAUUCUGAAUAUAACUUAUUUGAGGUACCUUGGGUCUUGGUUUAGGAAGCAAGAAUUGGUGCGCGAGAACUUCGAAACUAUGUAUCUUUCUUGUGGCUUAACUAAAAACACUUGCUUCUGUAAGAAAGUUUUCGAAAGGAAUCAUGCCCUUGAUGGGAACCAAGAGGGAAAAACACACUGAGCGAUUCGACAAUUACCACAGUUAGGGUCAGUUGACCAUAGUGUGAGUGUGUAGCUGUUAUCAGUACUUAUUUUAAACCGUUUGAAUUAGUGCGUUUAUGUAUUCUGCUCACACGCUCACACGCAACCACCUUAACCGGCGUACGAAAAUUGAGACGCCUAGCUGUUCAAAGGUCGUUUUAAACAGAGUUAGAAUAUUGAACGGUUAGGUGUCAGAAUUUGUCCUGUGUUGUAGACAAAAGUGUGUAAAUGCGAUAUGCCUCGCGGGCAAAUUGGGACACCUGUGUCAGACAGAAAAUAAAGUAUCUUUCCCCAAAACAACCUUGUAUCUUUACAGCUGUUAAUGUUUGUUUGUUUGUUUGUGUUAUCAGAUGUAAACUGGCGCAGAGCAAUGGCUGGGGUGUGAUGGUUAGUCACCGUAGUGGAGAAACAGAAGAUACUACCAUUGCUGAUUUGGUAGUAGGACUGUGUGCUGGUCAGGUACGAUAAGAUUUUGAAAUUUUUCUUCAACAGAACCAAUGCUUAAGAAAUAUUAGUUUCGUGCUACCUGUAAAUGCUUCAAAUGCGCUUCUCUUCAACAUUUAUCAUUGUUUUUUUAUUUAUUUAUUCCACCUUGCCAGGGAGUUAUACCCUGCGUCGAAGGCUUCAUUUUCGCGGUGUGAUUUGUAUGAAAAUACCCACCCAUGUUUAUAACGCCUUACUCGGUUCAUUGUUUGUGCUCAAUGGAGUCGCUUCCUUUGUGAUUGGCUGAAAAAUUUAACGCCACUUUGUAGACCAAUCAGCUGUAAGAACAAGCGGUGACUUACGUGUAGUACGUUUCCCGCGCUUGAGCCGACUUUAUGUAGCCUGCGUGCAGACGAUAACUAAACUCUGAUUAGUACCGUCUGCGAAGCAGCGCAGAGAUCCUUGUUCUGGACCCCCAACGGACUCAACGGAUUACCGGAAGUGCGUUUCGAAUUCCCCUUCAACCUGAUUGGCGAUCACGACAAACAAAACUAAGGCCUUUUUUAACUGGCCAAUCGUGGCGCGUACUCAAAUCUGGGUACACAGCUGGAAGUCCAGAACAAGGAUUUCGGCGCUGUUUCGCAGACGGAGUUAACCAGAGUUUAAUUUCGUCUGCGCGCAGGCUAACUUUAUGUAGUUGUAUUUAGAUCUGAUUGGUUUAUUCGUUUGUCUGGGCAUAUCGUGAUUGGCCAGGAUUGGCGUGAUGUCACUCAAAUGAAGAGUUUUCGCAAUGUUUCUUUUGUUCUAGAUCAAAACCGGAGCUCCCUGCAGAUCUGAACGUUUGGCGAAAUACAACCAGCUCCUCAGGUGACUACUUUUUACCAAUAAAAAUAUGUUUAAAAUAAUAUUGCCUAAUUACGGUAGGUAUAGUGUUCGAGUUUCUUCAGAGAUAUUGUUCUGAAGAUGGAUGUAAGCUAUUGGGCAGUACUUUCCUGCGCUGCUGUUAAUUUUUCUAUAACAUGUGCGUUAAGCGUGAGAUCAGGAUAGCUGGAUAUUGGCCAAAAUAUUUGUAGCGUUUUUCUGGACGAGACAAAGUUGAGGUCAAUAAAAACACAAAAAAGAACAGGAAAGAGAAGUGUUACUCUUAUUGAAAGCAACAAAACUGUACUUGUUACUGUUUGGAAGUAACGUCUAUUUUGUAUUCUCUUAAUAAAUCGGAUUUUCAGCUAAAAUCUUAUUGUACUAUUUUUUGUUCCACAGAAUUGAGGAAGAGCUGGGUGCUAACGCUAAGUUUGCAGGGGAGAAGUUCCGACGCCCGUUGGAGUAAACAGACAGAACUCCAAACUACAAACUCAGUCCCUAAAACCUAACAGUUCAACGAAGUUAACGGGCCCGACAUAUGGCAAGCAUCUUUUGUUGCAACGGUUCUAGGUUUUAUCUCCUCCAGGCAUCUGUUGAUUUAAUUCUGUAGAAUGAAAGGGUGUGAAUAAAUCAUAAAUUUAAAGAAAAA